UCUACUUCACAUCAGGACCAGUCUGGCUGCACCUGCAUCCUCAGCUCAGAGCAUCCCUGGAGCAUCUUAAGAGGAGAUUGCAGCUGGCAACCAGGGACCAUACCGUCGCAGGAGGCGUCCACCAGAUACCUUCCCCUACCCCAGACCUAGCGCUAUACAGCAGCAGUGGGCUCAGUUCUGAUCCAGGAUUCCCAGAGUUGUCUGACCAUUGCAAAAACAUUUAUAGCAAUAGCCUCUGAUUACGACAUGGCCGAGAUCACCAAUAUCCGACCUAGCUUUGAUGUGUCACCAGUUGUGGCAGGCCUUAUCGGGGCCUCUGUACUGGUGGUGUGUGUCUCGGUGACCGUCUUUGUCUGGACAUGCUGCCACCAGCAGGCAGAAAAGAAGCACAAGAACCCACCAUACAAGUUUAUUCAUAUGCUCAAAGGCAUCAGCAUAUACCCAGAGACCCUCAGCAACAAGAAGAAAAUCAUCAAAGUGCGAAGAGACAAAGAUGGCCCUGGGAGGGAAGGUGGGCGCGGGAACCUCCUGGUGGACGCGGCAGAGGCUGGCCUGCUGGGCCGAGACAAGGGUCCCCGGGGAACUAGCUCUGGCUCUUGUAUAGACCAAUUACCCAUCAAAGUGGACUACGGGGAAGAACUGAGGAGCCCUGUUGCAAGCCUAACCCCCGGGGAGAGCAAAACCACUUCCCCAUCGUCUCCAGAGGAGGACGUCAUGCUGGGAUCCCUCACCUUCUCAGUGGACUAUAACUUCCCCAAAAAAGCCCUGGUAGUGACAAUCCAGGAGGCCCACGGGCUGCCCGUGAUGGAUGACCAGACCCAGGGCUCUGACCCCUACAUCAAAAUGACCAUCCUUCCCGACAAGCGGCACCGAGUAAAGACCAGAGUGCUCCGGAAGACCCUGGACCCGGUGUUCGACGAGACCUUCACCUUCUACGGCAUCCCAUACAGCCAGCUCCAGGACCUGGUGCUGCACUUCCUCGUUCUCAGCUUUGACCGCUUCUCUCGGGACGACGUCAUUGGGGAGGUCAUGGUGCCACUGGCUGGGGUGGACCCCAGCACAGGCAAGGUACAGCUGACUAGAGACAUCAUCAAAAGGAACAUCCAGAAGUGCAUUAGCAGAGGGGAGCUCCAGGUGUCUCUGUCGUAUCAGCCCGUGGCACAAAGAAUGACAGUGGUGGUCCUCAAAGCCAGGCACUUGCCGAAGAUGGAUAUCACCGGUCUCUCAGGUAAUCCUUAUGUCAAGGUGAACGUCUACUACGGCAGAAAGCGCAUUGCCAAGAAGAAAACCCAUGUGAAGAAGUGCACUUUGAACCCAAUCUUCAAUGAAUCUUUCAUCUACGACAUCCCCACUGACCUCCUGCCUGACAUCAGCAUCGAGUUCCUUGUCAUCGACUUCGACCGCACCACCAAGAAUGAGGUGGUGGGGAGGCUGAUCCUGGGGGCACACAGUGUCACAGCCAGUGGUGCCGAACACUGGAGAGAGGUCUGCGAGAGCCCCCGUAAGCCUGUGGCCAAGUGGCACAGCCUGAGCGAGUACUAACUAAUCCUGUGUUCCCCACCUCUCGCCCCCGGGCCAGGCGGGGCAGGGACACGGUGGGGCGAGAGGUGACAGAGAGAAGUGGACUCAAAAUCUCAUUUUAGUUGUAGAAGAAAAUUUCUUACAAAAUAAACCCCACAAAGAACACCCUUCAUGACCACAGCUGCAGAUUAGUUCUUAGGGAUAAUGAUUUUUCUCUUUUGCAAGGCACUAGAAAUUCUUUUUUUUUCAAUGGGAAAAAUAGAGAGGGAAAGACCUCUACAAGUUUCUAUAUAACAAUGUAACCUUAUACUUGCAUGUCUAAUACAAACUGAAGAAAUUAGCCUGACUGCCACUCUCAAGUUAAAGAUUUUAAUCCAUGAAAAUUGUGUUUUGUGCCGAACUAUAUUUGCUGAUUUACCUGAAAUUGGCCUCUUUUCUUUAAAAAAAAACAAUUUUAAAGAGAGAGAGAGAAGCGGGGAGGGAGAAAGAUGUUGUUCUGCCUAUUUAUGCAUAUAUUGGUUGAUGCUUGUAUGUGCGCUGACUGGAGAUCGAACCUGCAACCUCGGUGUGAUGGGACAGCGCGCCAACCAACUUAGCUACCUGGCCAGGGCAAAAUUGGCCUCUUUGUUGUUGGGCUUCUCUAGAGAGUUACUCUCACUCCCCACCUCUGCAAAAGAUUAUUUUGCUCUUAUAAAACCUCAUUUUUAUCAUCCACAGCUUUUCUUCCUAUUACCUCUUACAUCUCUGCUCUUUGACUGAGUUCAAAGUCCAGAAAUCUGUAGUAAGCCAAGAAACAAAGGUAGAACGGAUUAGGCAAAGUUUGCAGGAGAAAGUAUUUGAGAAAUGGGGUGUUUUUGCUGUCAGCACUCCUGUACAGAAGGGUAGACGGCAGUCUGUGAUUAGACUAGGAUGAAGCACAUGGGCAUGUCAGACUUACGAGGUAGAACUGGGUUUGCAGAACAAGAUGGUGUCUCUAAAAAGAGCUUUGGAGACUUCAAAUUCAGCUAUAGGAUAGUACAAUGAACACAUCACACUGAUUCCAAACACUAUUUGCGGGUCCUAGGACAGGGAGAGGAGAAAUGAGAUGACUCUGACCUCCCCCCACCCCCUUUGCAUCUCCGAAUGGAAGCACCAGCCAUUUGUCGGUCGAUGGGUUAGAAAUCAUCAGAGGUUUGACGGGUUAAAUUGGCCUUUUUCCAGAAAUGCUGACCCUUGAGAAGUUGUGGUCUUCUCAAGUAGCCUGGAUGUGGUUAGAGUUGCUUCGUAAGGCAAAGGGCCUUCAAAAAUUAUUCUCCUUCAAGUUUUUGGUAGUGGCUCUUAAAAAUACACUGUGACUGAGUCAUAAAGGUAACUUGGAUUCCUUCAGGACACUCUUCCCUCAAAACAAAGUCCUUGGUUCUUGGAACUUACGAGUCUCCCAACGAAGUGGAGAGAUGAGGGGAACCACAGAGUUUAAUCCUCCUCCUGCCAGUGGACGGUGGAGGGUGAGAGACAUUCAGCAUCCUGCUGGGAUUAGAAUUCAAGUCUCCUUACUCCUAGUGCAGCCAUGUCUCUAAUGUUGGGACUUCUUAGGUGGCAGAGACUUUGCUGACAUUAGUAUGCUUGGGUAGGCAGUAAGUAUUUUUUCCAGCCUGAAGAGGAACUCAAAUAAGCAGCAGCUUGACGCAAAGACCUGAGGGAUUAGCUAAAAUUGAAGGUCCACUUCCAUGAAAGAACAUCGCUUUCUAACUUGCUUCUGAGAAGGGAGUUGAAAAGCUGAGUUUCCAUGGAGAGAGUCUCAGUGUUGCCUUUGAUGUUCCCUUAGCUCUUGUGGAUGUAAAACCAAUUGGCUCUCCUCUCCCCAAUCCUUUUGUUGUUUUUUUAAACCUGGAUUCUUGACAAGGCAGAGCAGGCACAAAGCCCACUCUCUGUUCUUGUCCCUGUCAGCCCCCACAGUCUGACUCACUCUCUCAGCACCACUUGGGUUCAUACCACCAGUCUCUAUCCUAUACACCAUGGAAUGUAAAUACUGUAUCAUACGUAGAAGAAAAUAAUUUUUCUUUUCUAAAAAUGGCAUUUUGAGCUAGUUCGAUGUAAAUCUGACAGGAGCAUUCUGAAACCCCAUUAGGAAAAAAAUUAAAUGAUUCCUCUUCAUCGCCUUAAUGUCUAAAGAUCAGAAAUUGCUGAGCAAUCGCUUUUGUUUCCUUCCCAGAAACAAUGCAAAGCAACAGGUGGAGAUAGUCUGGUCUUUGCCCCACUGUGUGUGCCUCUGUAGCUCCUCCUGACAUAAGUCUGGAAAAACAGCCUCACCCCACUCCUCUCUUCCCUAUCUCCUUGUAGCUUUAUUCCUUGCAUUCUUUGGGUCUACUGAGCAGUGGGUGGUGAGGUGAUGGGGAGGAACCAGUAGUUCUGUUGUCUAUGAUCUGCCUUGGUGUCUUUCUCAGAAAAAGGCCAAGUGGCAGACAGUACAGGGUUCCUCCCUCCUACCUCAGGCCUGAUCCAUCGUGCCCUUGACUUUGCUGUCCCAAAGUUUCUUAGCUGACUUUGGCUUUCACAUUUGUUCCUCCCAGAGCUAACUGAUAAGGAUGAAGGAGGAAUGCCUCCUUUUAAGAGUCAGUUGAAAGACAAGAGAGUCACAUCCUAGCGUUUGCACAAGGCACUCAUGGUCAGGAAUAGGUUAGGGAAUGGUCACUUCUGAUUUUCCAAGAGUCAGUCCUUCUCUGCUGAUAUCUUGAUUCCUUUGGGAAGACAAGAGUUUUUCUUAAUAACAAAAGUCCCUUUAUGAGUUACUCCUCUUUCAGUUCUCAGUGGAGCACAGACAAGAUGUACAUGUUAUGAACAGUGCUCUAGAUAUGAAAACAGACAGAACUGGUUUGUGGGAUGAGGCAGCUUGCUCAGGAGAGGGAAUAAUGCGAGUCCUUUUCUUGGAAGGUUUUUAUUAUGGCAAUGAUAAGUGACAUUUCCCUCACCAUGAUCCUUCUCUAAUGUGGUUAUCUUCCUUUACCUUGUGUCUUCUCUUGUGAAAAUGAAACUCAAGAAUAAAAUAAAUGUGUCAAAUUUUAAAAAAUAUCUAAAAAAGCUAACAUGAAUUGUGUGAAAUUGCAUAAUGCUGUAACGCUAACCUACAAUAUGUAAUGCUAUCUUGUAUGUUGAAUUUGUUAAUGCACCACACAAGUGCAAAAUAAAAACGGAUUCACA